GAUUGAGAGAGAGAAAGAAAGAAUGAAAGAGAAAUUGAUCCCACAGCUAAGCAAUUUCCUUUGUUUUCUAUUCUCUUCUUUCUCUGUUGUUGCCAUUGUUGACCACGCCUACUAAUAAUCCCUCUUUCAAUCAAUUUUUAUUUACCUUUUAUGGUUUUUUCAUACACAAACUCACCAUACAACUCUAAAGUCUAAUCCAUUGGUGGGUUUUCCUCAAAAUUGAAGAUAAAAAAGGUUACUUUCUUCUUGGGACUUUUGUGUGAUCUCUUUGGGUUUUGAUUGAGAAUUUUCGUCAAACAUAAGGUGGGCAACUCUUAAAGUCAAAGUGUUAGCUCGUUGCAGUUGGAUUGUAUGCUCUCUCAACCUUUUUUUUUUCUUCUUCUUAUUCUCAUAAAUGUGUGUGCUUUUCUUUUCAACCGUGUUGUUUCAUUAUUUUAUUGGUUAUUAUUCGAUUCCUAAGAUCGUGGGUCUACGUUGUUAACAGUUUUUUUGGGGAUGAAAGGAAAAAUUGGUACACCAGGUGGAAGUUACUUUGUGUUAAACAAUGGAGCUAGAAUCCCUGCUGUUGGGCUUGGGACAUGGCAGAGUGGUGGAGACCUUUGUGUUGAAGCUGUGAAAAUGGCAUUGUCAGUAGGUUACCGCCAUAUUGAUUGUGCACAUCUUUAUGGGAAUGAGGUUGAAGUUGGGGAAGCUUUGGCUGAAGCAUUCAUGGGGUCACUUAAGAGAGAAGAUGUUUUUUUGACUUCUAAGCUUUAUUGUACCAUGAACUCUCUCAAUAAGAUUGAGAAUUAUGUUAGAGUUUCUCUAAAGAAUCUUGGGGUUUCUUAUUUAGAUCUGUAUUUGAUGCACUGGCCUGAAAGUUCAGCCUUUGGUGAUGCCACUGAUCCUCCAUCCAAGUCUGGAAGUGAGUAUAGGCAGUUCUUGAAUCGGUUGAAGAAAGCAUGGAAAGCCAUGGAAGCUUUGGUUGAAUUGGGUCUGGUUAGAGCUAUUGGAGUUAGUAAUUUCAGUAUUCAGCAGAUUAAAGAGUUGCUUAAGUUUGCAAAGAUUGUACCUGCAGUUAAUCAGGUGGAGUUGCAUCCCUUUUGGAGGCAAGAUGAACUUGUAAAGUUCUGCCAAUUAAAGGGCAUACAUGUAUCGGCUCACACACCUUUGGGAGUACCUUCUUUAGCUCCUGGACCAUCUGAUAGCAGUUCUGGUGGAGAAGAUGAACCUGGAACUCCUCGCAUAUCAUUCAGGAGGUCAAGAUCUGUGCAUGGGCCUAUGCUGAAAUUAUCAGUCGUUGCAGAGAUAGCAGACAGAUACAAGAAAACACCUGAACAGAUUAUUUUACGGUGGGGGCUUCAAAGAGGAACCAGUGUGUUACCUUGUAGUCUGAUGAGUGAAAGGAUAAGAAAGAAUGUAGAUAUUUUCAGUUGGUCGGUAUCGGACGAGGAGUGGAAUCGGUUGAAUCAGAUCGAACCUCAGGUAUGCUUGUUUGGAAAUAGUCCUCUGAAUAAGUUUUCAGAGAGUGCAUUUGUGUUUGGAAGUGGUCCACUUCAGGCUGUUCAUGAGAUGGAAGAUGAUCUUGACUCCAAUGUUGUGUAAUAUUAUGUACUUUUAGUUUCAUCAUCAUCAUCAUCAUGUUAUCUUCUUACAUUUAAAGAUAUAAUAGCUUUUGUAUGCCAAUUAUUUUUGUGAUUUGAUUUUGUGAAGGCUCAAAACAUACUUUAUGUUUUCACUCCUAACCAUUUUGCUAUGAUGUUUAAGUCCCAAAAUAGAAAGAAAAUAAAUAAAUAUUAAUGAAAUAAUUUUAUUGUA